AUGGAUGAAGCCGAGUCGGUGCUGGAGGCGGAAGAAAAUCAGCGUAAGGUAACAGAGGCCUGUGCGGGGUCCAGGAGUGAUGAGGCAAUGGGGCCGGUUAUAAGAAGUGGAAAAAAAGCUUUACUUGAUGUUAUAUCCCGCAGAGUUCAAGGACCAACAAGAGGACAAAUAUUAUUGAAUAAUCAACCCAUGACUAUGUCUCUCUUUCAACAAAAUGGUGGAUACUUCACCCAUAAAUGUGAUUUAAUACCUGGACUAACAGUCGAACAAACAUUAUUUUACACACCAACAAAGCUUACAGGAUACCAAAAAAAGACUAAAGUUAAGCAGAUAAUGGCUGAUCUAGCAUUAUCUCAAGUAGCAAAUAGGUGUUCUGAAAAUUUAACGAAAAGCGAAUAUAGGAGAUUAAUAAUCGGUGUCCAACUAAUUAAAGAUCCUGACCACUGUGCGCCGGUGUCAUACGACGUCGGCCCGCCGGUGUCAUACGACGUCGGCCCGCCGGUGUCAUACGACGUCGGCCCGCCGGUGUCAUACGACGUCGGCCCGCCGGUGUCAUACGACGUCGGCCCGCCGGUGUCAUACGACGUCGGCCCGCCGGUGUCAUACGACGUCGGCCCGCCGGUGUCAUACGACGUCGGCCCGCCGGUGUCAUACGACGUCGGCCCGCCGGUGUCAUACGACGUCGGCCCGCCGGUGUCAUACGACGUCGGCCCGCCUUCAAUAGGAAACAGCGGCCGUCAGACAGCAAACGGACUAUAG